UUUUCUCGUUCCAGCUGUGAGGAGCGUCGCUUCUGAGGACAGUGACAGGCAGAUGUGUGUGUUUCUCACAGCAGUCGGUAUCUAAACGGAUCGGUACAGUGUGUGUCCGGGGCCAUCGCUGACGGCGGAUGCCGCUGAAAGCGCGGAGCUCGACCCGGAGGAGGAGAAAGAAUCCGGAUGAGGAGCAACCCGCGGAGCCUGCUGCUUCCUCAGCUCGGGUGAUGGCGCCGACUCGAAUGAAGCUGCGUGUUCGCCGCCGUGACAAUGCAGCCGCAGGUGCUGCUGGACGUGGCGCGGCGCUGGAGGAAGAUGAAGAGCAGAGGAGUCGAGAGAGUGGCAGCAGGAGGAAAAACGCUAGCAGAUCUUCUACUGCGGCCACAUCCUCCUCGUCCUUGUCUCCACCCGCGUCCUCCGCCUCAACAUCAGCACGCCCCCAUCUAAUGGCAGCAGAGGAGGCGUCGCCUGACUCCAAGUGCCCCAUUUGCCUGGACCGUUUCAACAACUUGGCAUUCCUGGACCGCUGCAAGCACCGCUUCUGCUUCCCGUGCAUCCAGGAGUGGUCUCACAAAAAGCCAGAGUGUCCGCUUUGCAAGCAGCCCUUUGCCUCAAUCUUUUACCGGAACCAAGCUGAGGAUGACUUCAAGGAAUAUACGCUGCGCUCAGCGCCCCCCAGCAGCAGCGUGGCCGCUACUGUGGCAAUGGUGGCAGCAAUGGCGUCGGCUGCAAGAAGCAGCCAUCAAAUGAGGCUAAUGCUGAGGCGGCACCGGGUGUCAGAGGCUGGCGAGACAACAACAAGGAGGCGGCGGAGGGAGAGAGGGGCCAGAAGGGCGGAGGAGAGGGCAGGGGGUUGGGAGUGGUACCUCGAUUCCCCUCCCCUUCCACUCCCUCCUCUUCCUCACCCUCCAGUCGUUGCUGAGGACAGUGAGGAUGGGGAGGAACAGAGGAUAAGAGGAGGCGCUGAUUUGGUGGAGCGCGGUGUGAUAUUUGAAGGACUAACAGGCCUUGGAGGGGCAGUGGCACCCAUUGCCCCCAAUGACCGGGCAUCACGGCGACUGAUGACUCGCUUAGCGGCAAGGCAGCGUUUGCAGCGUGAAGGUGGAACCGUGCGCCGACUUAGGGAGAGAGAGACGGUGGCUUUUCGCCGUGGACUCUAUCGCUGUGGCAUUCGGGUCCGUGGGGUUGCUGGAGUACACGGCAACGAGGGACAGCGUGACAUCACGGCAGAUAGCUUCCGUCGGAACCCUGCCCACUUGAACAGGCUCCGCCCCUGGCUGCGGAGGGAGCUCACGGUGCUGUAUGGCUCGCACACCUCGUUGGUUGACAUCGUUCAGCGCAUCAUCAUGGCAAGGCUCGCCCGCCACGGCCUGGAGAAUACACCCAACGUAGAAGAAGAGCUGCGGCCAUUCUUGCUGGCACGCACUGAGCACUUCCUGCAUGAGCUCAUCAGCUUCGCCCGCUCGUCGCUCAGCCUGGAGAACUACGACCUGCAGGCGGUGUACGAGCCACCGGACGCUGCAGUGGAACUGGAUGGGAUGAGCAGCUCGUCCGAUGGCAGCUCUGUCAUCGCCAUCUCCGAGGGGGAGGAUGAAGAGAGGGGGGCAGGGGGAGGGUCCGAGGAGAGGCUGGGGAGGGAUGUGGGAGCUCAAGAUGACCCCAUCCAAACAGCGAGUGUCCUUAGCCUUUCGGGUUGGGAUGAUGAAACCCCAGGCCCCUCCUACUCCACCGCCGAGCCUUCAUCUUCGUUCAGUCCUGCCCUGCCGGAGGCAGCCAAUCAGGAUGGAGGAGAAAGGCAGGGAGAAGAGGAUGAGUGUCUCAUCGUUGGGUACAAGAAGCCGAUUGCAGAACGGACGCCGGAGUUGGUGCAGCUCUCCUCUGACACAGAAGAAGAGGAGGUAGAGAAGAAGAAAGAGGAGGAGGCUCCUCCUCCCCCCUCUGCAACACCUCCCCUCUCUUACUUACCCACGAUCCCUCCCUCCACAUCAGGUACUUACAGAGAGGAGCAGGACAAGGGGCAGAAAACUGGCGAGGUGGCAGGACAGCGCUCACGUGCACGCUCGUGGUCAGGGAGCUCUGGUCGGAGCAGGAGCUCUGUGUGCACGCUCAGCCCGGCGACGCCUGGAGAGACUGAGCGGCGGCAGGAGAUGGGGAGCUGGAGAGACAGGAAGUCCACCAGUGAGGCAGCAAGAGAGAAGAGGAGGAAGAGAAGGCAAGAACGCAGCAGCAACCAGCACAGGAAAAGUGGCACUCUGUUCAACCCAAAUCGCUCCAUUUAUCCCGCCAUGAUGCGGCACCGCUCCUCGCCUCCGUUUGACUCCAGCGCUGACUCCAGCUCCCCGCCGUCGCCCAGUCCGCCGGACUCCAGCUGGGAGUACCCCUGCGCCCAGGUGUCCCCUCUCACCUCCUCCGCCUCUUCACCAUCCCUCUCCUCGUCCUCACCGCGUCCUCCCCCACCACCACCGCGGACGCCACCGACGCCCACGCUGUCCCCCAGCGACAGCGCUCAUCACGGAGAGAAACCUGGCGGGAAAAGGAAAUGCAAGAGCCGCCACCUGGACAACAAUGUCAAGGAUCCCACGUGGAGGCCGAGCGGCAGUGGUGGUAUUCGCAAGGAGAAGAGGAAAGAGAGGAGGAAGAGGAAGGAGCGAGACAGAGGAAGGAGAAGGGAGAGGCACAGGCGGGCGAGCAGUGGCUACGGUGGCGAGAGCAGCCGGAGGUCCAGACAAGACCGCAGCCCCAGCGUGGAGAUCAUCUACGAGGGCACCAUCACUGCCGACGGGGCGCAGCCUCCUGCCCACAAACGGCGCCGGAAACGUCAUCGUAAGGCUCAGCAGAGCAGGUACGAGUUGUCACACUGUGGCGUUAGUCAGGCUCAUCAACAGCAGGACAGCUGGAAAUCCACUGGAAAUCAGGACACUUCGUCCAUAAACUCGCCAUCUCCACUCAAGCAAUGGAAGGAGGGGAGGGAUGCCCCUCCGCUCCUCAGACAGGCCAGCCCGGUUCGGUCAUACAACAGGAACACGCCGCCACCACUAAAACACAAAGAUGCUGGGAGUCCACGCCGCUCCCCUGUCUUUAACAAAGACCUCCACUCAGAUCACACCUCUGCCGGACCAAUUCUGCAUAGUUUAAAUCCCACUGACUCCUGUUCGCCCGCGAAGCUGCCCGACAACAGCGAGUCCAUCCCGCCCAUUUCUACACUGAAGAGACAUCUGACCAGCACGUUCGCACUGAGCAGCAAGCCGGCCAACAUGAGCAGCGUUUCAGCUGCUCUCUCUAAAGUCCGAGCACUGACCACUGAUUUCGAUCACUCCGGUCACAAACCUCCUGUCGCUCCCUCUUCCUCUUCUUUUGCGUGUGAUUCGACUCCCACGGCUUCUCGUUAUUACUCCUUAAACUCCUCAGCGUUACAUUCCACCAGGGAGAGCACGAUGGGAAUAUCUUCCAUCCUCUCACCCGUCGACUUAAAUCCUGUGAAUUCUUCAUCUGACAUUGAUUUCCACUCAGCUGCUGGCUGGUCCAAAGAGAAGCCAGCUCCUGCUCACUCUACCUCCGCCAGCUGCAGGAAUAAGACUCACAACUCCUUCUGGGCAUCACCCGUUGACUUUCAUCGAUUCAGCAGUGCUGCUGGAGGGCCCCCGGCACGUAGCGGCAUGUACUCAGGAGUCAAUUCUCACGACACAUCACUUCCUGUUUCUGUUAGUGAUUCCAGGACUCAGAAUGAUGUCUCACCCCCUAACUCCCCCUGUUCCAGUAAUCUGACUCUAAUUGGCUUGACAACAGCUGCCACGCCGUCCACCGUGAACCUGCUUCCUGUUGACUUCCACUCCUCCAGUCCGGCCUCGGGAGGACGGACAGGCGAGGAGACGGUGUCGGUGGUGAACUGCGAGGGAAAGCCACUCUCCGUGGGUCUUGUUGCACCUGCUAACUUGCAUUCGUCUUGUUUGAUUGACGGACACUUGAACCACACAGCCUUCUCCUCCUCCUCUACUCCCUCUGAACACAGCAUUACAUUUAACGCCUCGCACAGAAAGUCCGAACUCGGCAUGGACCCGAAUCUCUUCCGGCCCCCCAACCACAUUGAUCCUGAUUCAAAACAUAACUUCCACCCUGACUCUGAGCCUCCACCACCAAAAUACGCUCAGAGGGACUUUGAGCCCCACACGGACAAUCACAUCAUCUCGGAGUAUAACUCCACUUCUACCACUGACACCCAUCCAUACGAACGCUCCGCCACGUAGGGCACGAUUAAACGAAAGAUUUAAAUGUUCGGAAUAAAUGUCAGGGACGAACUGUUGCAUUAUACUUUUGGCAUCAUUUUUCAUGAACCAUUUAUAAACUUGUGUUUAUUUAGAAUUUAACUCGAGUACAAACACAUUCCUAGUGACUGAUUUUCAAAAUAAACUUGUUUUCUGAGGCAGCACCAAUAAACUGAUUGUUUAGACAUGAGCACUGUCAUGUACUUUUGUAUUACUUUUAUUAUUUUAAUCGUUGAGGCAAGCGGGUGAAACCCCCUCCAAACCUCGCUAUCAAUUGGUUGGGUUUUUUUUUCCAUGUUCAAACUGCUUAAGAAAAAAAAAGUGUAAGGAUGAGUCCAGAGUGAAGCGCUCUCAAUCACAUGUAGUCCACAAAACCGGUAGCUCUAGUCUAAAAGUAAAAGACAAGGUGUAAAACUGAACAAAACUGGCCUUUUCAGGGGAUUGAUGACUGAAUUUGGUAAUGACACUCGGACACAUGCUUGUGUAAGUGAGUGGAUGUUUGUGUGUUUACAUGUUCUGUGUGCAAAAAAAAAAAAAAAAAAUCUGAAUAAAAGUUUGGUUUAAAAAUGCUUUCUUUUUUUACUCAAAUGUAUGAGCAAUGUUGGCAGUGGCUUGUAAAACUGAUGGAGAAAGUAAUG